AUGCAAUGUACUUCCAUUUUUUAUCCUCACACACAUAAAAUAUGGUGUUUUAAGCCAACUCUUUCGGUCACUCCACCGCCCCAACAACAACAACAGCAGCAGCGGGAAGGGACCUCUCACGACGAGAAACCGAAGCUGAUAACUAGUGCUUCUAACCCAUUUGUGAAGCACUGUCUCAAGCUCCGCAACUCCUCUUCCUAUCGCCGCACUCAAGCUUCCGCUCUCGUUGUCGGUGCUACCCCUAUCAGAGAAAUCUGCAGGUUUCGAGAGUUAUUACAAGAUGAAAGUAUUUCAAUGGAUUGUUUAAUUCUUCCUGACAAAGCUGAGAUUCCUGAUGGGUUGGAUAAAUCCACUGCUUCUAUUGUGCGAGUGAGCUCUGUAGUGAUGAGAAAGCUUUCAGGCCUGCAAACUACUGACUCUCUAGAUGCAAUUGCCCUUAUGAAAAUCCCUGCCAGUUUUUUCAAUGUUGAUGGUGAUCAAAAGAACUACAAGAAAUGGUUUCGGUCUGUUCAUCGGAUUUUAGUCCUUGAUGGGAUCCAGGAUCCUGGUAACCUUGGUACAUUGCUCAGGUCAGCUGUGGCCUUCAGAUGGGAUGGAGUUUUCCUUCUUCCUGGCUGCUGUGAUCCAUUCAAUGAGAAAGCUCUUCGGGCUAGCCGAGGUGCCUCCUUUCAGAUCCCUGUUGUUUCUGGCUGUUGGGAUCAUUUGGAGUCUAUCAAAGAAGAAUUUAAAAUGAAGUUGCUGGCUGGGCAUCCAGAGCUUGAAGAGUUGGUCAAGCCAGUGUGCUUACUCUCUCCAACCUUCUGUGAUUCCUUAUCAGAUACACCAUUGUGUUUGGUUUUAGGAAGUGAAGGAAGUGGCCUUUCAGAAAAAUCCCUGCAGGUUUGUGAACUUGUGAGUAUUGCAAUGGCUGGAGAAUACGAGUCACUCAAUGUUUCAGUAGCCGGUGGAAUUUUCUUGUACAUGCUACAACCAAAGAAUCGAUGA